AUGCUAUCGCACAUCAUUUUGAUGCUUUCACGUAAAGUCAAAAGCAUAUUAUUGCUGGAACCAAUAUCUUCCAAAUUGCUUUUUACCUGUGAAAUGUGCGAAAUAAUAAAGGAUACGAAACAAACUUCUGCCAUCAUUAUAACCGCUCUUUUAAUAGCGAUGAUGGCUGAUAUCACUGAUACUCUCACAUCAGUCGAUACGAAGGGUGAAGCCAAUGAGAAAGUUAGUAAUCUUAAACGCAAAGACAGUGAAACCUCAAAAACCACAGAAACGGUUAUUGAAUCUCCAAAAGCGGGAAAGGUUGGCGAAUCAGAUACUAGAAAAAAGAUUACCAAAUCGGUAGAAUCUGAAAUCGCAGACACCAAUACACCAGUAACCACGGGAAAGGUUGACAAAUCGGUAACUACAGAAAAAAUCACCAAGUCUGUAGAAUCUGAAAUCGCAGACACCAAAGGUGCAGUAGAAACCGCGGGAAACGCUGGUGAAUCGGUAACUACAGAAGGGCUUACGGAAUUAAUGAUAUCUGAAAUUGUGGAGACUAAUGUUGCACCAGAAACCACCGAGAAGAUCAGAGGAUCGGUAGAUUUUGUAAUUCCCACCAAUGGAACCGGUCAAACAAACAAUACAGAAGGUAUUCCUUCUGUACCAAAAGAAUUCAUUGGAGAUGAUGGUGAUAUUGGACCACCAGGAUCACCUGGGCCACGCGGUCCUCAGGGUCCUCGAGGUGAUCCUGGGCUACGUGGAAAGCAAGGGCCUAGAGGUGAUCCCGGUCCUCCUGGUGAUCGCUCUAUACCACUAUCAUAUGGUGUAUUCACAAUGGUGGUAUCACUUUUACUUAUUAUUCAUCUUGGGUCAAUUUCAUUCGUUUGA